AUGAGUCUGCGACUGUAUCGUCUCCAACUUGUCCUCGUGUCACAUGAGUCAGGCAAGCGCCAAGUGCACAACGCCACUUCACCUCGGCCAGAGGGUAUGCAAUGCAUGCAUGACCGCCCAAAUGAGCCAUUGUCUUGUCAUCCAUUUUGGACGUCUCGUUGUCUCGGUCCACUUCUCCCUUCUGCCCUGAUUAGCAUUCACUCGCUGACUGACCUCCCUCACGAGGCGCACACUUUGUUGUGCAUGCACGGUCGUGUGAAUCAUGCUGCUUCAGCGGGAUGUGCAGUAUUUGCUGAGGCGCUUGGCUUUGAAGCAGACCGAGCAUCCCCUCAGACGCACAACUGGCCCGAAAUGUAA